AUGAGUGUUCUCCUAGUUAGUUUCCUCUUACUCAUCCCAAUUCUCCUUCUGCAUAGAAUAAGAAGAAAACCAUCCAAAAGGGUCCCUCCUGGGUCACUUGGAAUACCUAUUAUUGGUCAAAGCCUUGGCCUUCUUCGAGCUAUGCGUGCAAACGUUGCAGAAAAAUGGAUUGAAGAAAGAACCAAGAAGUAUGGUCCUAUUUCAAAGCUAAGCCUCUUCGGAAAACCAACAGUUUUUAUCUAUGGACAGGCUGCGAAUAAGUUAAUAUUCCAGAAUAGUGGGAACACAAUUGUUAACCAGCAAACACAGUCCAUCAAAAUGAUCUUGGGUGACCGAAAUUUGAUGGAACUGAGUGGUGAAGAUCACAGCCGAGUCAGAAAUGCACUUGUCUCAUUCUUGAAGCCAGAAUCCUUGAAGCUGUAUGUGGGAAAAAUGGAUGAAGAAGUUAAGAGGCACCUUGAAAUGCAUUGGCAUGGGAAACAACAGAUCAAGGUGUUACCCUUGAUGAAGACUAUGACAUUCAACAUAAUUUGCUCUCUUCUGUUUGGUAUUGAGCGUGGAAAACAAAGAGAUGAAUUCCUGGCUUGCUUCAAAGCGAUGAUGGGAGGAAUGUGGUCAGUCCCAGUUAACGUGCCUUUCACACGUUACAACCGCAGCCUCAGAGCCAGUGCAAGGAUCCAGAACAUGAUGGAGGAGAUUGUGCACAAGAAGAAGAUUGAACUCGAGCAAAAUGGAGCCUCUGCUCACAAAGACUUAAUUAGUUGCUUACUUGGCAUGGUUGGUGAAGAUGACAAACAAGUUAUAACCGAGAAGGAAAUCAUUCACAAUGUUAGGCUUGUCAUGGUUGCCGGAUAUGACACUUCAUCGGUUGUAAUCACUUUCAUUAUCCGACUCUUAUCUAAUGAACCUGCUAUUUAUGCAGCAGUUCUUCAAGAACAGGAAGAGAUAGCAAAAAGCAAGCCCUCAGGAGAGACACUGACAUGGGAAGACAUUUCAAAGAUGAAGUACACCUGGAGAGUAGCAAUGGAAACUCUUAGGAUGAUUCCUCCCGUCUUUGGUGGCUUCAGAAAGGCUGUGGCAGACAUUGAAUAUGGUGGAUACCUUAUACCUAAAGGGUGGCAGAUCUUCUGGGUUACAGCAAUGACCCACAUGGACAACAGCAUUUUCUCAGAACCAUCGAAGUUUGAUCCAAGUAGAUUUGAAAACCAAGCAUCUGUCCCACCCUACUGCUUCAUUCCAUUUGGAGGAGGAGCAAGAAUGUGUCCAGGAUAUGAGUUUGCCAGGGUUGAAAUUCUCGUGGCAAUUCAUUACAUUGUGACCCGGUUCAGUUGGAAGCUUUGUUCAGACAAUUUCUUUAGCAGGGAUCCAACGCCAGUACCCACUCAAGGGCUACUAGUUGAAAUUUGGCCAAGGAAACUUUCUUAGAUGUCAUUUCAAUAGC